AGUACUCCAGUAAGCAGGAUAUCCAAUUCUUUCGCGCUACUACAUCAAAUACACAACGUAAUCUCAGAAUUUUCUCCUUCUUCGUUCUUCCUACUGAAUUAUAUCCACAAAUUGCAACAUUACUCACACUACAAAUACAAUCCAUUAGGCAUUAAUCCCAAUAAACACUAGAAUCUACCUCCAAAAAACCAACAAUGGCGGAAACUGAAGACUCAAAAAUUGAUCCCAGAAACGGCUACUGCUCUGCAACAAAAACAUACCACACUCUUCGAGAAAACUUCCCUCUUCCACCUCAACAUUCUCCUCUAUCAAUCACAGAUUACAUUUUCUCUCUCCUCCACUCCAACCCAAACUUCUCUCUUUCUUCCCCUGUCCUCAUCGACUCCUCCACCCACAAUUCUCUCUCCUACUCCGACUUCCUCAACCGAGUCAACUCACUCUCUUCCUCCCUCUCUUACCUCUCCUCCGGCCACGUGGCACUCAUUCUCUCUCCUCCCUCUAUCCACGUCCCCGUUCUCUACCUCUCUCUUCUCUCCCUUGGCGUCGUCGUCUCCCCUGCCAACCCCCUCUCAACUCGCUCCGAGUUGACUCACCUAAUCCAACUCGUCAACCCCUCCAUCAUCUUCGCCGUCUCUUCUCUCUCCUCCAAACUCACCUCUACCAAUUGUCCUAUCAUCCUCCUCGACUCGCCCGAGUUCGACUCGUUGCUGACUCGCCAACGAGUCGAAGAGGGUGUCACUCGUCGGCGAGUUAAGGUUUCUCAGACGAGUUCAGCAGUGAUCCUGUUCUCGUCAGGGACAACGGGAAGAGUAAAGGGAGUUGAGUUAACUCACCAGAACUUCAUUGCGUUGAUCGCUGUUUUGCACCACCGGAAAAUGAAGGCGUUGGCGGAAGAAGAAGAAGGGGAGGAGAAGAAAGGUCCGGCAGUGUCGCUGUUUUUUCUACCGUUGUUUCAUGUAUUCGGAUUCUUCAUGCUGCUUAGGGCGGUAGCAAUGGCGGAGACGUUGGUUUUAAUGGCGAGGUUCGAUUUUGAAACGAUGUUGAAAACUGUGGAGAAGUACAAGGUUUCAUACAUGCCGGUUUCGCCGCCAUUAGUAUUGGCGUUCGAAAAAUCGGAACUGACGAAGAAAUAUGAUCUGAGUUCACUUGAGUUUCUUGGAUGUGGUGGUGCUCCUCUUGGUAAGGAGCUUGCUCAAAGGUUUAAAGCUCGCUUUCCUAAUGUGGAAAUUGGACAGGGAUAUGGCAUGACUGAGACAGGAGGUGGGGUAGCAUCAACAGUUGGACCUGAGGAAUGCGAACAAUAUGGUUCUGUUGGCCGUCUACAAGAGCACAUGCAAGCGAAGAUUGUUGAUCCCUCAACUGGAGAUGCCUUGCCACCUGGCCAAGAAGGGGAGCUAUGGCUGCGUGGUCCAACCAUCAUGAAAGGUUAUGUGGGAGAUAAGGAUGCUACUGCAGCAACUUUUGAUCCAGAUGGGUGGUUAAAGACUGGUGAUCUUUGUUAUUUUGAUUCUGAUGGAUAUCUGUACAUUGUUGACCGGUUAAAGGAAUUGAUCAAGUACAAGGCAUAUCAGGUUCCUCCAGCUGAGUUGGAACGUCUGCUACUAUCACACCCAGAAGUUGCUGAUGCUGCUGUCAUUCCUUAUCCUGAUGAAGAAGCUGGACAAAUACCCAUGGCAUAUGUAGUCAGAAAACCAGAAAGCAGCCUUACUGCCUCCCAAGUGAUGGAUUAUGUUGCAAAAGAGGUUAGUCCAUAUAAGAGGGUACGCCGUGUUUCUUUUAUCAAUGCUAUCCCGAAGAAUCCGUCAGGGAAGAUCCUUAGGAGAGAGCUUGUCAGUCAAGCAACAGCUAAUCCAUCUAAGCUGUGAUUGUGAUUAAACAGUAGUAGUUUCCUGCAACUUACCUGUAUCAGUUGCUUGGCUGCUUAAUGAUGCUUAGUGGAUUUGAAGUUUUAUCCCCUCCCUACUCAUCAUCUCUACCCUGCUCUAGUACAGUACGAGAGUUGCUCCCAGGAGAGCUUGGUGCCAAGAUACCUAAGACGUAGCACAGGGUGACUGUGGCUCUUAUUUGCAAGGGUGACAUUGAUUAGAACUAUCAUCUUUUAGUCGUAUUAGAUUAUCUGCAACUGAAAUCUUGGAGAUGAUGUGUCGAUGCUCAAUCACAUUUUCAAGGGGUGGUUCAAAUGUGUAGAUAGCUUUUCAUUCUUUACAACUACAGAAAUCAAAUUUUGAAGCAUUGUAAAUGUAAUUGACAUAUCAUGCACCUUUUUGCUGGUAAAAGGAGAGGCAUUGAUACAGAUAUACGUGCCAUUGCAACUCCCAUCAAAGGAGUAGUUCCCCACCCAAGAGCUACUUUACCAUAUUCUGAAUUCAACGGUAUCAAUAAAGCCAUCAUUUAUCAAA